AUGUUGUUACGUGCUGUUGAUGUUCUCGACAUUUAUGUUGAACCAUUCAUUCAUUCUGGUUUCCGGUUACCAAAUCAACCUUAUUCAUAUUACUAUCGAUCACUUUUUUCUUUACAUAAUGAAACAUUGUCUGUAUGGAUUCAUUUACUUGGUACAUUCAUUCUAAUUCAACAAAUCUAUCAACAUAUUAUCUAUUUAUCAAAUGAAUCAUAUUCAUCAGUUAUAUAUAUUUAUAUUAUUUAUAAUUGUAUCGGAGCUUGUAUAAUGUUAUUAUGUUCAGCUCAAGCACAUUUAUUACAUUCGCGAACAGUUGCCGAUCAUAUACGUUCAUUUUAUCUUGAUUAUUUUGGUAUUAAUUUUUAUGGUAUUACAUCGGGUAUUGUACUUCGACGAUUUUCACAUAAACAAAUUAAUAUGAAUAUAAAAAUCGCAAAAGAAUCUAUUUCGAAUGAUGAACCAUAUUAUUUAAUAUUAGGUCUAUUAUCUUUAUAUUCAUUGUCAAUCGCUUGUUUUUGUAAAACAUUCUAUCGUCGACCGUAUCCAUUUUCUCAUAAGUUUCUCCAAUGUUCUGGUGUUUUAACUGUUUAUUUCUAUCAAAUUUGGCCAGUUUUAAAAAAUUUAUUUUCAAAUUUUAUCUUCUAUUCCAAUGAAAAUGAAUUAUUUGAAUCCGAACAAAAAGCACUUUAUUGGCAUCUUAUACAAUUUAGUUCAUUUAUUUUAAGUGGUUUAAUAUUUGUUGGCAGAAUACCCGAACGUUUUUGUCCCGGUUCGUUUGAUCUUUUUGGUCAAUCACAUCAUGCUUUUCAUUUAACUAUAUUUCUUAUGGCUUAUAGUCAAACAAAUGCAGUUUUUGAAGAUAUGCGUUCUAAAACGACGAAUAUUACAGAUUUAAAUUAUUUCAAAGAUAUUUUAUAUACUAUAAUAAUUCUUAUUUUACAGUUGCUUACAGUUAGUUUGUGGUUUCGUAUUAGUCGGCCGACUAUUGAACAACGAUAUGAAGUAGAAUUAAAAAAACAAUUGUAG